AUGGAGAGUCUCAUUUCCUUAGAUCUUUCAAACAACAAUUUUUCGGGUCAACUCCUAGAUCUUCAUAGUAACUCAACACAAAUGCCUGCAUCUUUAUAUGAUUCUUCAAAAGAACGGCUAGUGGGUCCUAUUCCUUUGCAUUUAAACGAACUCUUCUUAUAUAAUAACUCACUUACCGGAACAAUACCAUCUUGGCUAUAUAUCUUGCCCUCUUUGGAAGCUUUAAGCCUCAGCCACAACCAACUCACUGGGAACGUCAAAGAAUUCCAAUCUAGUUCUUUGGUGUAUCUUAAUUUUGGUCAUAACAGAUUACAUGGCCAAAUUCCAAGAUCAAUCUUUGAAUUUCCAAACCUGGGAGAGCUCGAUCUGUCAUCAAAUAACUUCAGUGGGUUUGUGAAGUUUGGAAAGUUUCCGAAACCCCAAAAUCUUCUUAGGCAUCUUUAUCUUUCUAAUAACUCUUUGACAGGUAUAGAACAAGUAUUUCCGUGGAAAAACUUACAAGUUCUUGACCUCCGCACCAAUUUGCUCCAAGGACAACUUCCUAUUCCACCACCUUCUACAUUUGUCUUCUUGGUAUCACACAAUCAGUUGACGGGAGGGAUUCCUUCAAAGAUUUGCAACCUCAGUUCCCUUGUAGUCCUUGAUUUGUCUAAUAACAACAUGAGAGGCGAAAUUCCUCCAUGUAUAGGAAAUUUGACCAGUCACAACCUCUCAGUUCUGGAUUUACAUAUGAAUAAAUUUCUUGGAGUGAUCCCUUCAACAUUCACAAAGGAUAGCAUCUUGAGGAAUCUUGACCUUAAUGGAAAUAAGUUGGAAGGGCCAUUGCCGCAAACUCUGUUGAAUUGUAGAAAGUUGGAAGUGCUCGACCUAGGAAACAACGAGAUAAACGACACCUUCCCCAACUGGUUGGAAUCCCUUCCAACGUUACAGGUUCUUAUCUUGAGAUCUAACAAAUUUCAUGGUCCUAUAAUCAGUCCAAAAACUAUAUUUCCAUUCCGAAUGUUGCGAAUUAUGGACCUCUCCCAUAAUCAGUUUAGUGGUCUUUUGCCAAGGAAAUAUUUUGAGAACUUGAUGGGUAUGAUACAUGUACGAGAUAAUGGAUUGAAAUACAUGGAUCAUGGCUAUUAUCAGGACACUGUGAGAGUAGUGAUAAAAGGUUCCUACUUGCAGUUGGAAAAAAUCCUAGUCAUGUUCACAACCAUUGAUUUCUCAAACAAUAUUUUCGCAGGAGACAUUCCAAUGGUGAUUGGUAAGCUCAAAUCAUUGAAAGGGCUUAACUUUUCUCACAAUCAGCUUACAGGUUAUAUUCCACGCUCUUUUGGUAAUUUGACUAAUCUUGAAUGGCUAGACAUCUCCACAAACAAGCUUGUUGGUGAGAUUCCUAGAGAAUUGGCAGAUUCACAUGGCUUGAAAAAUUAA